AUGUUUGGAAGUAUCUUCUUCAUAUUCAACCGGUUGGUGGAGCUGGUCUUCCUCUUCCCGAUCAUGGGAAUCAUGGCCUACUUCGUCCACGGUUAUCUAAACGCCAACAUGUUGACCCCACCCUACAUUCUGGUCCUCUUCAUCGUCAGCGUUAUCGCAGUCUUCUGGUGCCUCGAUACUCUCAUCCGCUUCGGAAAUACCAAGCGCUCUGCAAUCUUCGUCGCAUUCGUGGAUCUCUGCUUCCUCGGCGCAUUCAUCGCGGGUGUCUAUGAGCUGCGCUUCAUCGCAAACCAGAGCUGCACUCACUGGGAUGGUGGCUCAGUCUGGGUAUCGCUCGGUCCAUUUGGCGAGUAUGGAGAAAGCAUCAAUAAUGAUUAUCACCUACAAAUUGAUAAGACCUGCGCCAUGCUGAAAACUUCCUUCGCGAUGGGAAUUAUGGAGGUGAUUUUCUUCUCUUGGACUGCUUUCUGGGCUCUUUGGUUGCAUAGUCGGGACCGUGAGGAGGUUGUUAUCCGCGAGAAGACUGUCCGUCGUCGAAGCCAUAGCUCGCGUCGUGGACAUUCCUCUAGUCAUCGUCACCGCAGCUCUAGUCGCAGUCGUCGUCAGCCGUACGUUGUUUAG